AUGAACGAAGAAUCAAGGAGGAAUACGUUAACAUCAACUCAAAGAAUUCAGAGACCAUCUCAAGUAUCGUUUCCUGAUAUGAAAUCAGAGAGAUUUAAUUAUUCCUUAGAAGAAACUUUGGAAUUUCCUUCAAUAGCUGAUGUUCUCAGCAGUGAAAUUGUUAUUGAAGAACAGAAAGAAUUUGAGUAUAAUAACAUUUCUGUAUAUUUGUUCGGGCCUGACAACAAGCUUCGAAGAAUGUGUAUCCAAAUAUCCGAAUCUUGGUAUUUUGAAAUGAUUGUAAUAAUUGUGAUUAUUGUAAAUUCACUCCUUCUUGGAGUUUUUGAUUAUGAAAAUCCUCAUGACAAGUCCAUCAGGAACCAGAUCGUCAUCUAUUCAGAACCCAUAUUUUCAAUCUUGUUCUUAUUUGAAUGAAUCAUGAAGGUUAUAGCUAAGGGCUUUGUGCUAGAUAAAGAAACUUACUUGAGAGAUGGAUGGAAUGCACUCGACUUCAUAGUCGUUUGCACUAGUAUCCUAUCUUUAGUACCAUCUAUUGAUAAUAUUUCAUUCAUACGGAUGUUUAGACUCUUUAAGCCGCUAAGAAGCUUCAGUUCAUUUCCUGCAAUGAAGUCAAUUGUUGGAACUAUUCUAGACUCUCUGUCAAAACUUGGAGAAGUGGCUAUCGUUGCUGUUAUAUUCUUUUAUAUUUUCUCAAUUUUGGGCGUCACUUUAUGGUCAGGGAGUUUACAUUAUCGAUGAUAUACAACUCCAGAACCUGUAAAUGGAGAGUGGAUUGUCCUAGAAAGCCACACAAGGCCAUGAGAUGCUUUCGCCUGUCCAGUAGGAUCUUACUGAGGCUCAUUAAUAAAGCAAUAUGACGAUCACCCAGAGACAUUGAACUUAAAAGGUGAAAGUAUUUAUAAAGACCUCAGAAUAGAAGAGCUGCAAUAUGGCCAAGUUGGGUUUGAUAAUAUCUUCUAUGCAAUCAUCACUGUUUUUCAAUGUCUUACUUUGGAAGGAUGGAGCGAUUUAAUGUACAACUAUCAAGAUGCGACAGGAACUCUAAUAGCCUCCGUUUAUUUUGUCAGUCUGGUCUUGAUGUGAGCAAUCUUAUUCAUGAACAUUAUUGUCGCAGUCCUGUUUGAUAAUUAUGAUGCAGCUGGCCAGGAUAAACAGGAUGAAGACUUGAUAGAACUUGAAGAGAAAGCUGAAGAAUUAGGAAUUCAUUCUUCAGUCUCCGGAAUUAUCAUUAAUAAUGACAUCAUUGUCGACAUAAGAAUUAAAGCUGGAAAAUUCAGUGCUUGAAAGAAUUAUUGCAAAAGUUUAUGAAACUGGAAAAACAAGGUCAAAUAUCCAGAGGGGAAAUAUUUUCAUAGCAAAUUUAUCCAAUUUAUGUAUCGGUUGGUGAACCAUCCUUCAUUCCAGUUGUUCAUCUUCAUAAUAAUUGGUCUGAAUACUGUCACUCUAUGACUGGAUAUGUACACUUUAAGUAGUGGAACAGUCGAGAUAAAGUCUCUAGAAUAUUUUAACUAUGCAUUUAUAUCAAUUUUCACACUAGAAUUAGUCGUGAAUUUGAUUGGCCUUGGCUUCAAAGAAUUCAUUAAAGAUAAAUUUAACAUCUUUGAUGUCUUUAUUGUCCUCAUUUCCUACAUUGAGCUUACAUUAUCAGGAGGAGGUGGUGCUUAUACCUCACUCAGAGCAUUUAGACUAUUCAGAAUUUUCAAACUAUUCAGAGUAGGAGGACUCAGAAUUCAAAUUGAUUGUUUAACAAAGACUAUUAAAGCUAUCUUCCCUUUUAUUAUUUUAAUGCUACUAUUCGUGUACAUCUUCACACUCAUGGGUCUUCAGUUCUUUGCUGGAAAAUUAAGACUCAAUUCGCAAGGGAACUAUGAUCCAAAUGUUCGAAGCAUAAGAUACAACUUUGAUACAAUAAAGAAUGCUUUUCUAUCUGUGUUUAUCCUGCUCACUGGAGAAAAUUGGAACCAAAUAAUGUAUGUAGCAAUGAGGGCUGUGCAUCCAUUUGCUUCCGUCUACUUUGUCGUUGUGAUCGUAAUGGGAAGUAUUAUUAUUCUACAGCUUCUUGUUGCUAUACUUCUGAAAAACUUCGACCAAGCACAUAAAAUUGCAGAAAAAUAGAAAAAUUAUCGAUACUAUUGAAAGAAAAAUUGAAGAAGGAAAACAUGUUCAUCAUGCAGUGCAAGCAGUUCUGAGAAAAAUUGGAGAAAUUAAUCUAGAAACCGGAGAAAUUGAUAUCGAUAAGGUGAAAUUUGGAAAAGAGAAACUUAAAAUUAGAAGUAAGGCAUCAACUAAGAAGCAUGAUGCAAGAAUACUCCAGAAAAACCUCACAUCACCAAGAAUGAUAAGUCCAAGAAGUGAAUUUGAGAAGGGGAGUUCUUCAAAUGGAGACCCUCUGAGCAUAGCAAUUAACUCUAAAAAGAACCCUCUUACAACACAAAGAAGCAUUAUAAAUUGGAACAAACUCAAUACACCUUCCAGUAAAAACCAGAUUACCUCAUUUAAACUUAAAUAAAUUAUCUCUGGGAAAAGCAAAGAGUUCACUAAGCAAUAUAUCAGAUAACACAAUCUUUAAGAAGAAGAAAGAAGUCACUUUUGGAGAAACAAAACAGGAGAAAAUAGAGAAAAAGAGCUCUGAUGAAGAAUCACAAGAGAUUUCAGCAAAUGAUGUUUCAUUGAACUUUCUAGAAGAGGAUGUUAGUGAUCACCCUCAAACUAUCAAUAGGGCUGCUAGCAGUCAUCUUAAUAAUAGCGGCGCUGCAGAAUCUAAGCUAGCAUCAGCAAUAGGAGAGAAAGUUACUAAAUCAACGACUAAAAAUUUGAAACAAAUAGUGGAAGAAGCUGAAAAUGAGAGCAAAGAGUCUGAAGAAGAUGAAAAGAAGCAAGAAGAAGAUCUAAAGAGGGAAAAUAACUCUUCUAAAAGUGAUUCUAGAAAGCCAAAAAUUUCAAUACAGGAAACUGAGCACUGAAUGCUGAGGACAGAGAGGAGAUUAGUAAGCUCCAGUGGAAGUGAAAGCUACGGUUUUUCAGAGAUUGAUGAUGGACAGAAUAAAAAUAAAGUUUGGCAAUAUAUGAGAAAAUCCUCUCUAUUUAUCUUUCAUAAAGAUUGGCAAUUUAGAGAAUUCUUGCUUGGAAUUGUUACCACUCCAGAAGAUAUUGUUGUCUCUGAGAAAGCGGAGUCAAACCCAGAAAAGUACGGACUUAAGGAUUUGGAAAAGUCUCAAUCACUGAUGAAUAUUCAAAUUAAUAGAGGAAAGAUCAUCGCUAGUCGGAAGAGGAAGACCAUAUCAAGAAUUUUUGAAUAUUUCAUCAUCACAGUUAUUCUCUUAAGUUGAAUUUUGCUAUGAAUAGAUACACCCUUGAAUGACCCUAACACAGGUUUCUCUACAUUCCUAUCCUUUUGUGAUAUACUUUUUAGUUGUAUCUUUAUGAUAGAGUCAGUAAUGAAGAUAAUUGCAUUUGGAUUUAUCCUAAAUCAUUACCAAGGGAUCACCCCUUACAUCUAUAAUCCUUGGAACGUACUUGAUUUCAUAGUAGUUCUGACAUCAAUUUUCGACAUUUAUUUCUCAUAUAUUGCCAGUAAUGGAGGCGAAACUGAAAAUUUAAAUAGCUUAAAAGCCUUGAGAGCGAUUCGGGCCCUCAGACCACUUAGAAUGAUCAGUCGAAAUGAAGGUCUGAAGAUCGCAAUUGAAGCAUUACUAUCCUCAUUGCCAGCCAUUGGUAAUGUGGUAAUCAUCUUGGUUCUCUUUGUUCUUAUAUUUGCUAUUCUUGGAGUGAAUUUCUUUAAAGGAGCCUUCUACUCUUGAACUUCUAAAGAGGAUGAUUCUUUGAUAAUUCCUGUAGAGAAUAAGACCGAAUGAAAUAACUCUGGAGGCAGAUGGAAAACUUCUGAUAGCAACUUUGAUAAUGUCCUGAUUGCUUCAGUUACCUUAUUUUCAAUAAUGACCUCUGAAGGCUGGAUAGACGUCAUGAGCGAUGGAGUUGAUUCGAUAGGUAUUGAUAAGCAACCAAAAUAUAAAAAUAAUGAAUGGAUGAUCCUUUAUUUUGUAAUAUUCAUUACCCUUGGGAUGUUUUUAUUAAUCAAUCUUUUCACUGCAGUAAUCACAGACCAAUUUACAAAAAUGAAGGCCUCCAAAGAAAUUGGAGCAGGAGCAAUUUAUUCUUCCGAGAAUUACAAGCUUUGGGUAGAUGUUCAAAACCUUUGAAUCAAUGCUUCUCCUGUAGCAAUAACUACAGCCCCGCUCAAUGAAACAAGGAGGUACUUCUACAAAAUAUGAAUUAGUACAUGGUUCGAUCUAGUAGUGAUCUCAUGUAUUGUGAUAAAUACUCUUGUUCUGGCAAUGAUUUAUGCCAGAAUGAGUGACUCGUAUGCUCUGACGAUUAACAUAUUCAACUAUUUCUUCUUAAUUCUAUACAACAUUGAGUUCAUUAUCAAAAUAAUUGGUCUGGGAAAGCAGUACUUCACAAGAGAUCAAUGGAACUUAUUUGAUUUCGUAUGACUAGUUGGAUCUGAUCUCUCCAUCCCUCUUAGUUUUUUUUAAUGCAGGAGGAUUUCAAAGUAUUUUCAUUUUUUUAAGAGCAUUCAGGAUUCUAAGACUAUUGAGAUUUAUUCAACAAUACAAUGGAGCAAGUACUAUCUUGACUUUCGUACAUGCUGCGAGUCAAAUUCAGAAUGUAUUAACCUUAGUCGCUCUGAUUCUGUUCAUAUAUGCUGCUUUGGGAAUUAAUCUUUUCGGAACAGUGAUGUACAAAGAAAACUACAAUGAUCGAAAUAAUUUCAGAGAUAUUUUUCAGGCUCUCAUGCUUCUUUUAAGAUGCCUCACAGGAGAAGACUGGAUAUUUGUCAUGCAUGAUCUAGCUAGUUCAGAUCCUUUCGAAGGCCAAGAGUGAAGCAACAAUCAGUCCUAUGAGGAGCUACAGAGGGAUGGUAUUCAUGGAUGUGGAUCAAUAGUUGCUUAUCCUUUCUUCAUAUCAUUUUUCAUCAUCAAUUCCAUUGUAAUUUUGGAUUUAUCUAUUGGUGUUUUCAUUGAUGCUCUCCAAGAAGCUCGAAAGUAUAACAAAAUUCUAUUUGGAACACAGCAAGUGAAAGAAUACCAAGAAUUAUGGGCGGAUUAUGACCCUAGCGGAACUGGGUGGAUUAGUGUCUACCAGAUGGUAAUGUUAGUCUUCGAGCUUUCCUACCCGGCUGGCAUGGGAAAGCAUCACCCAGAAUAUCGCAAAACUUACGAAUAUGAUUACAUUCAUAAAAAACUGAAGCAAGAAAACAUGUACUUGCUUUAUGCUCUGGAAAAGAGUAAAGAUCAUGAAUUCUUCAGGAAAGAUGAAAUUAAGAAAACUUUUAUCGAGGGAAGUCUUUAUUAUCUCAAUGAAUCAAAAGGUUUAGCCAUAAAAGACAUGAGGGCCAUGCUCAUGCUUUCUAAGUAUAAAAUACCUGUUUAUGAGGGCCAACUUGUCCAUUUUAGGGAUGUUUUACAGCAAGUCAUUAAAAACGCAUUCGAUGCCACAGGAGAAGAAUACCUUCCUGACGCAACAAUCCAGAAAAAGUUUUUAAGAAAAUGGAAAUUUAAGACUAGCAAGAAGAUACUUACUGAGGAAAUUGACCUUUUCCUUUCAGGAAGUAUUUUCUUGGACAGAUAUCGAACAUUUAAAGCAAAAGCUGAAGAUGAUUGCAAUGACUCUCUAAAUAUAGAAGAGAUGGAAUAUUAUGAGGAUACUAGAUACCAAUUUGAGAACUUUCAUGACAAAAGAUAUUACAAAAAGUUCCAUUCUAGAAAUCCUUUCUAUAAAGGUCAGAGCAAAGAUUCUGUGACCGAGAAUAAUAAAGAUGAUGCUGAAGAAAGAAAAUAUGGUACAACGUACAGAAACCCAUUCAAUGAUUCCAUUCCAAGUUUGGAUGAUAACUUAGGUAAAUUCUAUGGUCAAAAUCUAAACCUAGCACGGGACAACAUGUCGCUCAUUAGAGACAUUGAAAUGAGAAGGCAUGACUCCUGAGAUUCUUCAGUUCCUAUUGACACAUACCCAAAUAAUGAGUUUCCAGAGAUAUCUGAGAAUCUUGAUAAACUUGAAAGUGAGAAGGCUCCCGAAUCAAUAUUUUCAGUAAUGAUUUCUAGAGAGGACAGAAGAAUAAAGAGAAGAAAAUAUUCUGAAUAA